AUCCUGCUUUUUCAUAUAUGAUAUAACAAACAUGAUGUAUAAUAAAGUAUUCUUACAGUAACCUUACCAAGUCACUAAGCCAGUGUUAUAGCAAAACCCCAUCACUUGAGCAAGGGUUCAUUCAGUUUUUCUCAGUCCUUGAGAGUUAUUGUUUGGUGGAGAUGGGCAUGGCAUCGAUAUCUCUCUCAUUCUCUUCUUCACUUCUUUCCUCUCCUCUUUCUCACACUCAAGACAAGACCAAGUUCACCAAAAAAAAGUCUCAAGUUUCGAACUUUAAGUUCGUUAUUCAGUGUGCAUCCCUUGCACAAACCGCCAAAACUGAUUCUUCUCCUAAAAAGAGGCUCUGGAAAGAAGGAGAGUACCCUGGCGUUUCUGAGACUUCAAUACCUGGUUAUCGCUCAAAGAAAACACCCAUAAAAAAUGUUAAAAAGAAACUUGACCGCAAGGCCAAAGCUAAGGCCUGGGUCAACACUGUCACUGAAACCUUAUCUGAUCAUAUUCUCAAGAAGCGGUGGUUCCAAGCCCUUGAGGUGUUUGAGAUGCUAAAAGAACAACCCUUUUAUGAGCCAAAAGAGGGCACUUAUAUGAAACUCCUUGUUCUUCUUGGAAGAUCUGGGCAACCCCAGCGUGCUCAUCAGCUUUUUGAUGAAAUGGUAGAAGAAGGAAUUGAACCCACAUCUGAACUUUACACUGCCUUACUUGCGGCUUAUUGUCGAAACAAUCUCAUUGAUGAGGCUUUCUCUGUUCUUAACCAAAUGAAAACCCUUCCUAAAUGUCAGCCGGAUAUUUUUACCUAUAGUACUUUAAUUAAGGCUUGUGUUGAUGUUUUGCUUUUUGAAUUAGUUGAGACUUUAUAUGAAGAAAUGAAUGAAAGAGGGAUAACUCCAAACACAGUCACCCAAAACAUUGUGUUAAGUGGAUAUGGUAAGGCAGGGAAGUUCGAUCAAAUGGAGAUAGUGUUGUCAGGGAUGUUAGAGAGCACAACAUGCAAGCCUGAUGUUUGGACAAUGAAUACUGUUAUUAGUGUAUUUGCUAACAAGGGUCAGGUUGAUAUGAUGGAACGUUGGUAUGAAAAGUUUCGUAAUUUUGGUAUUGAGCCAGAAACAAGGACCUUUAACAUAUUGAUUGGUGCUUAUGGGAAGAAACGGAUGUAUGAUAAAAUGUCAUCUGUGAUGGAAUACAUGCGCAAGCUUCAAUUUCCAUGGACAACCUCAACUUAUAACAAUGUGAUUGAGGCUUUUGCAGAUGUAGGGGAUGCAAAACACAUGGAAUACACAUUUGAACAGAUGCGUGCUGAGGGUAUGAGAACAGAUACCAAGACAUUUUGUUGUCUAAUUAAUGGAUAUGCUAAUGCAGGUCUAUUCCACAAGGUUAUUAGCAGUGUUAGGUUGGCUGCAAAGUUUGAGAUACCUGAGAAUACAUCAUUUUGUAAUGCAGUCAUAUCCGCUUGUGCAAAGGCUGAGGAUUUGAUGGAGAUGGAGAGAGUUUUUAAGCGGAUGAAAGAGAAGCAAACUCAACCAGAUUCUAGAACAUUUGAUAUCAUGAUGGAGGCAUAUGCAAAGGUAGGUAUGAAUGACAAGGUAUAUGAUCUAGAACAGGAGAGACUGAGGAUGCUUGCUGAGGCUCCUAAAAACGAUUAAGCUACUGAAAUGAAGUGUGCGUUGAUUUCUGAUUGAGAACCUGAGGCAACUAGAAGUGUUAUGAUUGUCCAAGUUUCAUGUGUGACAGACUAGGCUAUAUCAGCGAAAUUACUGAUUGAGCAAGCAAUUAAAGCUUUUUAUUUAAGAAAAGACUGCAAUUACUCCUCUAUCCUCAUGUUUGGUGCAACACUGCUGUAACAGUCCAUUGGAUAUCUCCAUUGUUCCACUGACAACUAUUUGGCUAUCUUAAUUGUGUACAGAUUUGAUGUAGCAAUAGAAUUGAUGAUUGCGUUUCUGUAGACUUGAAGAUAUUUUUCUUUUUUUUUUUUGUUACUUUUCUUUCUGUAAUGUGAUAUUCCAAAUAGUGUCAGCAUCACAUUUCCUGCCUUCUUUCUUUCUACUACGAGGACCUUAUGUACGAAGUAUAUACAAUUCAUUGUGUUCUGAUUCA